GAGAUCUCCAACCGUGAGAAGAGGAGCUAACCGAGAUGACUCCGACGAUGGCCGUUCGAUGUCCGACGGUGCUUCUGGUGACUGCUUCGUCUUCCAGUUGCAGCAGAGAAGCUAAACCGAGAAGGCGAGAAGGCACCGUCAAAAUCGAUUCUUCUUCUUCGAUGUGGCUUCUAUUCUUCCUCAUGAUUCAUGAGCUUCUAAACUUCAUUGAUGGGAGUCCGAUCAUCGUACAUGCAUGUACAAAGGUUACAGUGAAUCUUUGUUUUUGCGUUAAUUCAGAAGAGAUGAAGAGGGUUAGAGAUGAGGUUUACGUUGAACCUCAUAUACGAGGAGGACAUACUGUUUCGUCUCGAGGAGAAACAAAUAGUAAGCCUUUAACGAUGGGAGGACUAACAACAGGUGAUGCCUUGAGGCUUGAGCUAUCUCAAAGCUGUGAAAGAUAUGUUUCAAGACAAGAAAGACAAGUAUGACACUUUUCUUGAAGUCAUGAAGGACUUUAAAGCUCAGAG